UGAAACUAGUGGAUGAAUUUAUUGUUUGUAGAUGAAAAGUGGAGUGCGAUUUAACGUGUUAUGUGAUGUAAUUAUUAAUGUGUGAAAAGUGAAUAUUGCAAAUGCUACGCGUUCACGAUAAAAUUAAUUUAUUAAAUCAUGUAUUCAAGUUUAGCAAUAAUGUCCUGUAAUCACUGACUUUAAUUUUAUUAAACAAAUUUGUUAUCUGUAUCAUUAUUUGAACUGUAUAAGUCCAAGUAAAUAAAAGCAAUGGAAGAAAGGAGAGUAGCAGACUAUUUUGUGGUUGCUGGUCUCCCAGAACAACCAGAAGUACUGGAUGAUUCGGAUUCUGGGCACUUAAAAGGAUACAGUACUAAAGCACCAAUCACAGAUAUUGGUGUGGUAUUUCCUGGGUUAGGUGAAACGGUGCCAAAUGAUUACGAAUUAAUAGAAUCAACACCGACUGGCUUACCGGCUGAUUUGAACCAUGGCUCCAUGCGAUCUCCUGUUUGUUUUUUGUGCAUCCGAAGGGGAAGGGACAAACCGCCCCUCGUUGAUAUCGGUGUCAUGUACGACGGCAGAGAGCGUCUCAUGGCUGACGCGGAAAUGGUUCUCAAAUCGGUUGGCGGUAGAUUGGCCAAUGUGAACAAUUCCACGGCGAAAACAUAUAUCACGUACAGGCGGGCGCAUCCGACCGCGCCGUGCAAUGCGCUUGUCGUAGUCGAUAUAUGCGUAGUCGUUACGAGUCGAGGGGAAACCCCGCCGCAUGCGUUUUGUAUGAUCGCGAAGAAUUUGAACAAAGGGUUAAUGGGUAGCGAUGUAUUCCUCUGCUACAAAAAGUCAAUGAACCGUCCGCCGCUAAUAGCUUUCAAACCAGAAGUACUGUUUAGGUAUCCAACAGUAGAUCGUCGCAGUAUGGCUUUCCCUACUUCCGUGCCACUGUUUUGUCUACCCAUGGGUUCCACGUUGGAGUUGUGGCCGAAUAAUGCGUCUGCGCCGAAACCUGUGUUCUCAACUUUCGUUCUGACCGUUUCUGAUGCUACUGAUAAGGUAUACGGAUCAGCGGUAACGUUCUACGAGAGCUACCCGCACACGCAGUUAACUGAGAGCCAUCAAGAAGCGCUCGGUUGGCGGGCCGGUGUUAGCCAAAACACGCACUCAUUACACGCAAAUAAAUGCAUCUGCUUAUUAUCAAGGUGGCCCUUCAGCGAUACGUUUGAACGGUGGCUGCUGUAUAUACUGGAAAUGUCAUGGAGUAAAGAACCUUUGAGUAUACCAAUCGAAAGAUACAUUACACACUUAUUGGAAGAGGUUCCAUUCCCGGAGCCGCGCAUAUUACUUCAGUUAUCUCCCACAAAUCCACAUGAUCGCGUCAUAGUAACAAGACGAGAUGACCAACCGCUAGUAAUAAGUGGUGCUGGUUUCAGACAGCUCUUGCUAAAUUUAGGGCCUGAUAACUGUCUAUUACUGCUGGCUUUGGCUAUCACGGAGCAGAAAAUACUUAUACACUCUUUGAGACCAGACACACUCACCGCUGUAUCGGAGGCAGUAUCUAGUCUGCUGUUUCCAUUCAAAUGGCAGUGCCCAUACAUACCACUUUGUCCAUUAGGUUUAGCGGAAGUACUUCACGCCCCUCUGCCGUAUUUAAUAGGUGUUGAUUCGAGGUUUUUUGACCUAUAUGAACCUCCACCAGAUGUUACUUGUGUCGAUUUAGACACCAAUAAUAUUACAAUAUGUGAAUCGCAGAGGCAUAUAUCAUUAAAACUGCUUCCAAAGAGCCAAGCACGGGCAUUAAGGCAGACGUUGGAACAGUUGUUCGCGAACAUUCGACCUGGUAUGUUAGCGUCGCCCGUCCACUAUUCGAAUAAUAGUAAAUAUAAUGGUGAACCUACAACGAGUUUAGAUAGGGAUUUCCAAAAGCGGAAAAAGGAGCAAGCACUAGAACUAAAGAUUCAAGAAGCAUUCCUCCGUUUCAUGGCUGUGACUUUAGAGGGUUAUCGCAGAUAUCUGAUCCCCAUAACAAAGGCUCCCACUGUUGGCACUACUGAUCCUCAUGCCCUCUUCCAAAUGGAUGCUUUUCUUAAAUCACGGGAUAAGACGCAACAGCGCUUCCUAACCCUCAUAAUGCGCACGCAAAUGUUCACGCGCUUCAUAGAGGAGCGUUCGUUUGUAUGUGACGGUGCGGACCAAGGGUUGACAUUCUUCGACGAGUGCAUAGAGCGAGUGUCCUCUGAGGGAUCGCUGCUUGAGUUCGAGCCCGCGCAUUGUGCUGAGCGAACUGUGUUUGUCCUGCCGCCUGACCCGCCUGAUCCAGAGGAGACAUACACAUACGAGAAGUUCAUACUCGAUGCAAACUUAGUGGCUCGGUGUAAACAAAGCGCUCGAGGUGCGGUACAAGCUUUGCCGAGCGCUGCACUUGCGUCCGCUGAGUCGUUAGCUGACGCGUCACCUAUGGCCAGACGAACUAAACAUGAGAUUGCUGCUGCUCAAAGGAUGGCGCGCAAAGCCAGUCUAUCGCCUGAAGCGUGGGCCAAGUGUCUACUCGGUGCAUGCUAUUCACUAUACUUCCUGGCCCUACCGUGUCGUCUCACACUGUACCGGGGCAAAGAGCACGCUACAUUGCGCGCGGCGUAUGAGCUGCUCGAGCGCGCUACUAAACUGCGCGUGCCGUUGGAUGAGGUGUGUUAUCGAGUUAUGAUGCAACUCUGUGGCAUCUACUCGCUGCCCGUAUUAGCAGUGCAGUUACUAUUCCUGAUGAAGCGUGCGGGCUUACAACCCAACGCACUAACGUACGGGUACUACAAUAGAUGCGUGUUGGAAGCCGCAUGGCCUAAAGAUAUGCCUAGUGGUUCCCAAUUACUAUGGAACAAGUUGCGUAUAGCCGUGAUGGGCGCGGCGUUGUUCCGUGCUGCGGGCGCGCAGCGUGCGAGUCGCGCAACGGGACAAGCUACUGCGGGGUCUGGCGGAACAUUACCUCGCGUGCGAACAGUGGCAGGGGAAGGCUCUGAACUUGCUGCGUUAGCACUGGCUGAACCUAUGCGAAGUCGUUCCAGCUUAGAUUCAGUGUGUCGUGAAGAAGCAAGUGCGAGUGCGAGCGCGUUCGAAGCGCUGUGCCGGCGCGGCAACAUCGUGCGCACACACACGCACGCGCGCACACACACGCGCGCGCACGGCCUGUCCGCACACGCCGGUAUACUUAUAUCCGGUGUGCCGUCAGACCCUGAUCUCAGUGAGACUACGCGACCACGCAGCAACUCGUUAGGUAAUGAAGAACCGGAACCGACAAUACCUAUUGCCGAAAAGAGACAGACAAUUCAUGUCAGCCCAGACAGUCCAUCGGAUUUGCGAAUAUUAACAAGAUCAGAAAGUUUUGCCGGUGAUGCUCAGAUCGUUCAAAACUUGCAGAGGCUUUCAUUUGGAAAUACAAACCCCAAAGGGCGUUGUUCACGAACGCUCAGUUUUCCCGAAGAGACGGAUAAAGAAAUGGCUGCAAUACAAGUCAACGAUGUCAACAAAACCUCCCCAUUGAAACUGUCCCCCCGCACCCCCGUGCUCGCGGACGACCCCCUCGGCGCGCUGUGCACGGGCGAGUCCCCCCGCGCCCCGACCCCGCCGCGCGCAGAGGACCCGCCCCUCCCGAAGCACGAGCUCAGCGUCAGCCCGAAGCUGUUCCACCGCAGGAGCAACUCGUUCCAGGACGAGCCGGAGGAGACCGCUGGGAAACUGCACAGGAGCGAGACGGCACCCGCCACAGUGUCGAGCCUCGUGAGUUUGGGGAACACGCUCAAGAUCAGCUUCGGACGUUAUUCGCCCGCCAGACUCUCGUUGCGUAAAGAUAUGAAAAUCGGAAAGGAAAUGAUCGAGAACUACUUCAGUCCAACAAGCAUAGCUGGCAAAAAGUCGAACGAAUUGCUCCAGAGCGGUCUAAGCAGUUUAAAAUCAGCUGCAACGAGUAUGGCUAAGAAGUUCGACGAAAUGAAAGAGGUUAUAUCUGCAAACUCGACCCCCGUAAAGAUGAAAGGCGCUAUUGGUAACGCUACCAGCGCUCUGACCAGUUUUAUUACAGAAGAAGAUUCUACCGAUGGAUCGUCUGAGAUUAACACGGAUGAUUGGUCAAGUGCAACCGGCUUUAGAAGAGCUUCAAGUGACGCAGAAUUGGCGUGUACGAUGGAGCGCGGUUCGCUAGCAACUCUUCUAUCACAUUUACCUGAUAAUCUGUAUCCACAGCAAAAUGAGAACAUAAACAAGGACAACGUAUCUGUAGUGGUGCAGAUGACGUCGUGCUCGCAGUGCCACCAGUGCCUCGCGCUGCUGUACGACGAGGACAUCAUGGCGGGCUGGGCGGCCGACGACUCCAACCUCAACACGCGCUGUACUGCGUGCGGACGGCAUACGGUCCCGUUGCUGUCUGUGCAGAUAAUACGAACGAGUCAAACGCAAUCAGAAACUCUGAGUGUGCCCUAUUUGAACCCAUUGGUGCUGAGGAAAGAAUUCGAAUCGAUCUUGGGCAGAGAAGGCGACUCAUGUUUAGCUGAACCAGAAUUCGUCGAGUCCCAUCCCAUAGUAUACUGGAAUCUAGUGUGGUUCCUGGAGCGAGCUAACAUAGAUAACCACUUGCCGGACUUGCUCUGCCCUAAUUAUUCGUCUAAGUACACGAGUUCAGAUGCGCUGUCUGACGCUGAUAAAGUUGGUGUUUGCCGCGUGGUAUGCGGCUGGGACCUGUGGCGCGCGGGCGAGGGCGAGGCGGUGGCGCUGUACCGCGCGUGGCGCCGCCGCCAGCCGCGCUCGCGGCAGCUGCGCGCGCUGCUGCUCACCGACCACGACUACCAGUCAGUUAUCCUGACAGUGAUAGAUGGCUUACUCAGCAACGACCUUUCGGACGCUAUCCGUAAAUUAGCAUCGUGGAGGGAAUCAACUACGCCAAACAAACGAUAUCUCUCCUAUUAUAGAGACAUCCUCUUCCUCGCGAUGACAGCGCUCGGCGAACCGGACAUAGACUUCGUGGCCCUCCAACGUGAGUACACGCGUGCCAUAGAGCAGUUAGGAAGCGAAGCCCGACCACAAGACCUGCCCCCUUCACCCACGGCUGUGUACUGCAGGCACUACUUCAAGCGGCUCAAGCUUAAAGUGGAGGAUUAACGGCCUAUUGUAAUCAUGCAAACCAAUAAAGACCGGUUUUUCGUCACGUCUCGUAUUGACACGUCAAAAGUGUAAAUAUUACCGGUUCAUUGAUAUGUCAAAAAAAUAAAUAGAUCGGUUAUUCGCAUAUUGACAGGUCAAAGUAUAAAUGGAUAUUUUGCUACCGCUUAUCUCGUGGAGUUGUAAAUGGUACAAAAAACAAGAAGACUCACAAUCACAGUCAAAAUUGUUUGAAGCAACUCUGCAUACACGUCUACUUCUUAAAGAGUGACAAGAGACUUUGAACAUUAUUGUCACGAAAUAAGGUGUUAAUUUCAAUGUUGUAUAAAACGUUGCUCAGACAUUUUUGACGGUCAUUUAAUACCUUUCAAAAGGCGAUUGUGAAUCUUGUUUUUUAAAGUACGCGAAUGACAGUAAUAACUAAACAUAAUGGCCGGACUGCAGUACGCUAUCCAGCGACUCGCACCUAACUUCAGUCUGUCAAAAAGAUUCGGGAAUAUCGCAAGGUUAUGGAUUUAUUUUGCUACAGCUUAUUUCAGCUUGUUUUCACGUUUGCUGGCUUUCGACUGUUUUAUUGUAUGUCCUUUUUAAAUGUAGAAAACAAUGGCGAUGACGAACAACAUAUAAAAAUGUCAAGUUUAAUCAAAGCAAUAUAGAAAUAAGAUGUUGGAUUUUUAAAAAUGGAUUUUACAUCUCCUUUUUGAAAUUUAACAAAUAUUGAGUCACAGUCAUCAUGUUUGAGAUGUAUUAACGUCUACAAACAAGUGGUUAAAUAUAUUUUUUAUUAUAUAGGCAUGGUUAAUUGAAAUUACUAGUGACUUAAACAAAUGUCCAAAUUGUCAUACAAAGAUUAUCAAAGAUGUUUGGUGUUUAAUUAUUUUAAUAUUUAAUUUUAAAGCAUAAGUGCCGUCCAAUGUUUCAAUCGUCGCAAAUGCUAUUUCAUUACUAUUUGGGAUCAACUUUUCUAUGGUACGGUAAUUUAGAUUUAUUCAUUAAUGGCCUAUUUGCAUGCCCCAAAUAUUUUCCUUGAUAAUAAUGUUACCUAGCCUAAGAAAAUAGGCAUUUUAUAACUAUUUGAAACUUUUAUGAUGUAAAUUGUGGGCAUAAUAUUUUAACUGAAUAAUUGUACUGUUACAAAUCAAUUUUAAUAAAAUCAGGUCUCGAAACUGCAUCGAUAGAAUCAAUAGGUCUGCAACAAUAUGAACGGAAAAUGUCACGGUAAAGUGAAAAAAUGUUAUACUUAAAACAUUAUAUUUUAUCUUUAAAUUGGCAAUAAUCCAGCUUUUUACCCUCGAUUAAUUUCGGCAUAUCUAGUAGAUUCGUAUUAUAUUGGGUGCUAAUGAUAAGUAAUCAUGGAGUGUAUCGAAAUUUCUGUAUAUAUUAUGCUAUUUACUGUAUAGUCGUAGACUUAGAAUGUGGUAAUGGUUUGUAAUAAAUAAAAUUGCUUUCAAGAAUGAAAUUUAAGUUAGAGCUAGCGCGCAAGAGCAACUUUUGUCUCCGCAACUAUUUUGUAUCUCCCAUCAACUCUAUGGGCCAGUAAGAAAGUGCGCGCACGUAGCGACGCAACUUCCUAUAGAGUUGAUGGGAGAGACAAAAUAGUUGCGGAGACAAAAGUUGCUCUUUCGCACUAGCCCUUAAUUUUCCAUAUUAUGGUGAUGUCACAAUCUAUUUAUUCAUUUCAUAUUAUAAACUCAAAUAUGGCUGAAAUAAGUGUCAAACAAGUUUCAAAUAUUACAAUUGCCAAUUGUUCGUAGUAUUGUAUGUGUCAACAUCUUAUUUAUAUUGAUAUAAUAUUAAUAUUCAAAUAUAGAUGUGUGAACUGUGAGUAUAUAAUCGAUGAUAAUAAUUAAAUGUUUAUAUAAUAACAAUAUGUAAUGAGUCUUAUGUAUGCGAUAAUAUAAUAAUUUAUCAAUAUUCUAGUAACAAUAAUAGAAAUACUUGAACAAUUAAUAAUCUGAUAAUGGCCUAAGUUACAGUUUCUGAUAUUGUAGUUUAUAUUAUGGUCUUGAAUUUAUAAUAAUGAAUGCUAUUUAUUGAUUCCUCUUAUUGACUGCAUAUUUAAAAUUAUAAUAGUAAGUAUAUUUGUUUUAAUUUUUGUAUCAAUUUUAUUUUUACAUCUUCAUCUUAUAUUAUUAUAACACUGUGUGUAAUGUGUAUACACCUUUAUCUGAAAUG